ACAUGAGAGAUACCAGUUCUGUGUUUCCCUGAACUUUGGCAGGACUGAAAAGAUUGGAUUUAUAACUUGAUCUCCGUAUUUACCAUAUGCCUGUUUGGCAAAAUAGUUUUCUUGAAUGGCAUGCCCCAGUUCUAAGUUCGGCUCAGUGCUGUUUGGUGGGGCUGUUUUGUGGAAAGAGCUAGCUUCAUCCUCCUGCAGCAGGGAGGAUUCAGCCAGGAGACACCUUGGGUUCUGGCAUGAGGUAGUCUUGGCUGCUGCUAGGGAGAAUCAAUUCUAGCAGCCGAGAAUGUCUAGAAUAUAAUGUUUAUUUCUUUCAGUUGCCCCUGCUUUGAUGUCCAGCAGGGACAACCUCUGAGCCCACUGGCAUGACAAUAGCUUUGGUCACUUUUGGAAAUUUGGGACUAUGUGGGUUCAAAUCUGCACCUUUUGCAUGGGAGGGCUGAGAUAAGCUCCAUAUCUGAGCUCCAGUCCUGUGUCUUAUUUGAAUGCUUUCGAUUUCCCAUUAACUGUGGAGCUUUAAAAGUUAAACAGCAAGUCUCUUCAGACCCUCUUCUUUCUUUGUUGCUUUCAUUUUUGUUAUCAUUCCAGCUCCCUAAGGGGAAAACUAACUGCCAUUUGCAGUUCACCACUGUGUAUUAUAUUUAUUGCCUUGGUCUUGCUCUCUCUCAGAGCAUGAACCCAGCUGACCAACUUCUUAUCAGUUUGACAGGCUGUGACUGUUGUCCUGGUGACUAGCGUAGUUGCACUAUCAUCAUGUACAGAAGGCAGCAAAAGUGAUGCUUCGACCUGUGGGUGUAGCUGUGUAUGCACGUGAUAUGCCAUGUUCUCAGUUGGACAGAAGGUGUCUGAACCUGCUCGGAUGAUGAGGAAGACAAAGUAUUUCUGGGGAGCCUUUGCAGGAAGAGGCAGCAAGUGGGAGAAAGCAGCCGGGGAAAAUGUAAGGAUGCUGCCCAGGGCCACACAUGAGGAGAAGAAGCAGCAAGAAGCAAAGAGGAGAGGGAAGCUGAAAAACAUGACAGGAAAAUUGCUGAAGGUGGUGGCCAGUGGAAAAGAGGCAGCGGAAGAGAAGGCUGGUGGUGUGGAGAUGGCAGGGAAUUUGCUGAAGAUGGCAACCAGUAGGAAGGGAGUGGAGGGUAGGGUGCCUGCAGAAGAAGCCAUCUGUGGGUUCAUUGAGCAAGGAAAAUUUCUUGAAGCUUGUCAUCAUAUUUAUAAUCUGGAGCAUUCUGGAAACGAUGAGAUGGGAAAGUCUGAAUCACUUUAUAAGCUACUGGCUGAACGAAUGUGGACUGUGGUGGGUGAAGCGUUCAGUGGAAGUGGUAGGAUGUUCCUGGAGCCAUUGCAGUCAGUGGGGGAAUCACUGAAGUGGGAGAAGCAGAAGGAAGCAGAGUGGCUUGGCAGGAGCCAAGAGACUGGGCCUGUUUCCACCUGGAGUCCAAACUUCUGGAGGAAAGAACUGGAGGAACAGCUAAUACAGUACAUGACAGCCCGAAUUCCCCCGCUGAGUUCCUCUGCUAAUGCAAAUGAGAAUGCAUUAAACCAGCAUCUGAUUCAACUGGAAAUGUCAUUCCUCCCCAGCCUGGAGCACAGAAGUGAUGUCUUUCAGGAAGCAGGACUGCUCAGCACCUACACCUACUGCUGUCAUGCCUCUUUGUCUUCUCACCUUGCCAUGCUUACUGACAGUAGCCAUUUCAGCUUCAGCCAAUGCCUUUUAGUUUAUGAAUGGGGCCUUAAAAUGUAUAAAAGUGGCAACGAGACACAUCUGAGACCCAGACAGACCCCCCAGCACAGCCUUUCCUUUGGUGUACAGUGUCUCCUGUGGAUUGUUUUGAAGACUGAGGAAAAGUUACUUGCAGUCGCCAAGAAGGAAGUAGGGAAAGCCCUGAAAGAAGCCUUUGAUAUUGGGAAACCCCCUUGUGCAGAUGCUGCAGUGAUUCAGAUACUAACAGAGAAGACGCAGGCUGCCUGGCAUGUCAGUGAGAGCCUGAGUGAGAAGGUGGAAGCUGUAUGUCUGGAGGAGUGCCUGAGGUUCCUGGAGAGCUAUGAAAAUGAAGUAAGAAACUUUCUCCAGCUCGAUGGCUGCCCAGAGAUCUACAGUGGCUUAUCGAUCCUGGAGAACUGCUGCAUAAUCAGGGCUGUCUGGCGUAACCUAACAUACAUUUACAGUGCCAGCACUGGUCAAGAUGUUAAGGUAAAUGGAUUUCUAGACAGGAUGGAAGAUGAGAUUACUGAGCAUUUUCUGCAGACAGUGGCUUCUAAAGUCAAGGGAACACUGAAGGAGCACUUCAAAAAGUGUGACAGCAGUUUUCACCACAUCCUUGAAUCCUUAAAGCAAAGUUUUUUGGUAUUUGGGAAGAAAAAAACAGACACAUAUGAGCAGGCUCUUGUCAAGGCUGUCAACGCCAUUGUUAUUGCAGAGUACGUGCAGGCCCUCCUGACCACUUCCAGGAAACUGUCUUCUGUGCAGAGGAGGAGGAUUGUCAGCAAGAUGGAAGAAGACCAUAGGAUGCUGCAAGACAUCUUUAAAGAAUGCUUAGGUCCUGCAGCUGGUCACCUCAAGGAUCCUAUACAAGCAAUUUUAGAGCUUAUUCAAGCUUCUGAUUCUGAGAGGAUGAAAAUAGCCCUUUUGCCUAUUCUCAGAGAAUUUCCUGAUCUAAGGAAGGAACAUCUGAAUGCAGUGCUGAACAUCAAAGUUUCGCUCAACCGAGAAGACAGAGCUGCUCUCUUGGAGGCAUUUCAUGAUAAUUGCAGGGACUCAAAACCAGGAGUGAACUUGCUUUUUGCAGAUAUAGAAUUGAAACCUGGAAAAUAUGGACUCUGUGCCUGCCUCUGCUGUUAGCAAAGGCCUGCUGUGAGAAACGUGAAGUUUCACUCCAUGUGCAGUGUCUGCAGUCACAGCUCCUUGAAAUCUUCAGUGACCCAUGCAGCCUGAUGUACAGAGAAAUCUGACAGCUAUGGAAGACAAUUCCUGCACUUCUGCAGGAAAAUCAAGAGGCCCAAAUCCUAAUCUUCUAUGCAGAGUCCAUGUGGAAGGUGAAUGGAAUACGGCAGAAAGAUAUUCUUAGCUGAGUCCUGCUAGUUAUUCCCAGGAUGUGGUGGGUGGUGAGUGGAGGAGGAGGAUGGUCCCCCCUUGAUAAAUUUCUCUCUGCUUCCAUCCCUUGUUUCAUGCACUCUCAUGUAAAACUAGGGACUGCUGCAGCACAGUGUCAUGGCAGAUGACAUGGCAACACAACCUUCACCAGCAACCUGGGACCCUCUGUUAGGGAAUCCUGCCUAGCCCAUAGUUCUGGUGGUGCCUGCAGGUUUGGGCACCUAGAUCCACACCCCCAAAGCCCUGCACCAGCGGGCUGCAGACAGAGCUGCCUCUUUUCUUGCUCCCCACACACGAAGGCUGUGACCUCCUUUGGGGGCACCUUGCCAUGGCACUGGCUGUGGGAUGAAGAACUCUUCCCAUAUGAGUUUUAUAGCACUGAAGCAGAGUCUUGCAUUGAUUUUUAUACCUCAGUUACUGGAAAUUUCCUUUUGGAGAGGGAGGGGAAAGCCUCACAGGCAGCAGGCAGUGAAAGGAGAUGUUUUUCCCAGCCUCUGGGUAAGGUUUGUGCUGUUUUCAGAUGUAAAUAGGCAGUUCUACUGGGAAAACACUGACUUUUCUUCCCAGUUAUCUAUGGACUGGUCACAACCUCCAAGCUGGAUUUGGUUCAAGGUCCUUGUUUGCUAUUGUGUUAAUGUAGGCCAUUACUGCUCCUCUCUGGCCAUGUAAACAAGCAACAAAGCUCUCCUACCUCAGCAAUGCCACUGCUUUUCUGGGCAGCCAUUCCCCCUCAAAUCUGCUUCCCUAACAAGAAAAGGGGCAACAUGUCCAGGGAGUCUCUGUGGGCUUUUGGGGCACCACGAGAGGGCAACAAGAGCUGUCCUGUGCCCUUCCUGAUUGCAUGCCUGCCCCAAAGGCCUUGCUGCUGUGUCCUUUGCAGUUUAUAGCUGUCCAUUGCUGCUUCAGUGACACCUUUGCUGGACAUGGGGAGCUGGUGGAGAUGCAGCCUGGCUGUGGGGUGUGAGUCGGGCUGUGGAGCUGGGUGGACCCUGCCUUCCAAGGGUGCCAACUCUGCCGUGCACCCUCCUCUACCACCCAUGGCACAUUCAAGAGUAGGAGGGAUGAUGGAGCCCACUGCGACAGUGGGGUCAGAGUCAGCUUCUGCCAAUGGGAAUUUCAAGCGAUGAACCCUCGAGAGAAAAUAAAAGUUCCUUUGACAUUUCAAUCAUUUAAAAUAAUGCCACAGCAUGUGAAUGGCUCCUGCCACAUACAUGUCUCUGUCUGUGUAACAUUUCUGCCAUUUGACAUUCAUGGUCAGAUGAGGGUAUGUUCUGCUUACAAGUAAUGGUUGGUAACCAUAGGGAAUGCUGGGCUUGGCACUACUGACCUGAAAUGAGAUGGAUGAGGACCAGCCUCGUGCUAUCAUGACUGCUGCUGUGCCUAUCCUCCCUGGGUGGGCAGGGGAUGGGCAGCACUUUCUACUGUGUGUGUGUGUGCAGAGGAGCGCUGUUUUCAGUAAGGUUUCUUAGCAGCAAGUCUCUGCACCCUGUGUGUAGCAUCCAGUCAUGAAGAGACUGAGUACAGACUUGAAUUUGCCCAGGAGGUUUAGCACUGGCGGCACAUGAGGUUUUCCAGAGCCAGAGGGUCCCGGGACAUUGGCUGGGGUGGACAUCUGGGUGAUGGGGAGAUGCCACCUGGUGUGGAGGCAGAUGGUGUGGGAGGGAUGUCCUCAUCCACCGGCAGGUCGUGUGGGGAGAACAGAUGGUGUGUGUGGAGGCUCCGGGUGGGUCCCCUGGUGGGGAGGUGGUGGCAGAGGGGAUGCUGGGUCCCUUCCUGUGCUAUCUGGGGUGAUCAGAAGGAGAGGGAGGCUAUGGGGAAGGGAGAUGAGGGAUUUCCCUUGUUUGGGGGGAUUUUAAGCCGCUCCACUGUGUGCCCUGACCUUCCCAAGCUGACCCAGCCUCCUCCUUCCUAGCCUUCACCCUAAACUGGGGUUAAAGUGCUCGGGUGGGAUUUGUGCUGCUCUCUGAAGAGGGAUGGGAAGCAGGGUCACACUCAGGAUCCUUCUGCAGGAUUAUCUUGUGGCCUCAGGAUGUGGGCAGGAGCAGCACUGCUUUUGCCCUCAGCCUGCCAUGGAGCCAUGCUGAGCAUUUCCUAUUUGCCUUUAUGUCCAGAGGCUCCACCAUUGCAAGCAGAACAGCAUCGUUCGGAGCUCAGCAACCAGAGGCUCCCUGCACAAAGACCCCCUCCCAUCCUGGGUUUCACUGGGAUCCCCUUGGUGUCAGGGUCAUGCCACUGCCAUGCUCACCCGUCACCUGGAUGUGCACUGGGCAGCACGGAGUGACACACUGCUCCUGGUGGUUUGAUGCUCCAGCUUUUUUGGGAGCUGCUUUCUGUCCAUCACCCCUCUGGCUGUGCACCAGGCCAACAGGUUGUGUGGUGAGCAAUGAUUUGUCACCCAUGUUCCCCACACUGCUCGGGGCCAGGGUUUGGCUGGGUGCUUUGAAG